CCCACGGGCCCCACAACCCCCGAGACUCCCCGCUCUUGGCUCUCGCCGGCUUUUUCUAGACCCUCUGUCUGUCCGCUGGGGGCGCGCGCAGUGUAUGGCAGGCGGCACUGGCGCUGGCGGCCGGGUGCGCGGGUCACGCGUGGUAGUGCGUGGUUGCUAGGGGCGCCUGAGGCCGCCUGCUAGCCCAGCAGGCCGAGGGAGGAAGUAGCGUGGAGCUGGUGUCGAGCUUGGGCGAAGCUGGAUGCCCUAGUUUCAAAUAGACUGUCUUCAAUUGAGCUCACUAAUACUUUCCUCUGCUUGAUCUAUUGUGUAGUUAAGAGCCUCUAGUAAAUUUUUCAGACUGACAGACUUCAGGAUGCAGCUGCUACUGCUGGAGGUGUGUGGCACCUUACCUGGGCCAGGUCAUGAGAUCGUGUGGCCAUGAUGUGGGCCCCUCAUGGCCUCAGCAGGAACGGAGCACUACAGCAUUGGCCUCCGCCAGAGAAACAGCUUCAAGCAGAGUGGUCCCCCAGAGACAGUGCCUGCCGCGCCACCUGAGAAACCCUCUGAGGGCAAAGUCUGGUCUCAGGCCCAUCAGCAAGUGAAGCCAAUCUGGAAGCUGGAGAAGAAGCAGGUGGAGACACUGUCAGCAGGGUUGGGCCCAGGCCUCCUGGGCGUCCCCCCCAAGCCAGCAUAUUUCUUUUGCCCCAGCACUUUAUGUAGCUCUGGGACCACAGCUGUCAUUGCAGGCCACAGCAGCUCCUGUUACCUACACUCUCUCCCAGAUUUGUUCAACAGCACCCUGCUAUACCGCCGCUCCAGCUCUCGGCACAAACCGUACCAGCAGCUGGAGUCUUUCUGCUUGCGUUCAAGCCCAUCAGAAAAAAGCCCUUUUUCUCUCCCUCAAAAGAGCCUCCCUGUCAGUCUCACUGCCAAUAAGGCCACUUCUUCCAUGGUCUUCCCCAUGGCCUCCUCAUCCACAGAACCAUACCUCUCCUUGGCCGCGGCUGGGGAAAACCCUUCAGGGAAGAGCCUGGCCUCUGCUAUCUCAGGGAAGAUCUCAUCUCCACUGUCUUCCUCCUAUAAGCCCAUGCUGAAUAAUAAUUCCUUCAUGCGGCCAAAUAGCACGAAAGUGCCUUUAUCACAGACCACAGAGGGCCUGAAGCCAGUAUCCUCACCCAAGGUCCAACCCAUCUCUUGGCAUCAUUCAGGGGGUACUGGAGACUGUGUACUGCAGCCUGUUGACCAUAAGGUGCCCAAAAGCAUUGGCACUUUCCUAGCUGAUGCCAGUGCCCAUAUCGCCUUGUCUACCCCUAGCUCUGAUGACACAUCCGCCACCAGUGUUGCCUCUUCUUGGUAUAACCGGAAUAACUUAGCCAUGAGGGCAGAGCCACAUUCCCGUAGUCUGGAUGACAGCUCUGAUUCCCAGGCUCCAACUAAAGAGAUUCGGUUCACUGAGGCUGUGAGAAAGUUGACCGCAAGAGGCUUUGAGAAGAUGCCAAGGCAAGGCUGCCAGUUUGAACAGUCUAGUUUCCUGAACCCCAGCUUUCAGUGGAACCUCAACAGGAGCAGGCGGUGGAAAUCCCCUGCGGUCAAUCAGCAGUUUCCUCAGGAGGAUGCUGGAUCAGUCAGUGGGGUCCUCCCUGGUUCCUCGGAUACCUUGGGGUUGGACAAUACAGUCUUCUGUACCAAACGCAUCAGCAUUCACCUCCUUGCCUCACAUGCCAAUGGGCUCAAUCACAGCCCUGCCUGUGAAUCUGUAACUGACCCCCCAGCAUUUGGUGAAGGCAAAGCUCCAGGUCCCCCUUCUCCUCAAACCCUUGGCAUAGCCAACGUGGCCACUCGCCUCUCUUCCAUCCAGCUGGGCCAGUCUGAGAAGGAGAGACCCGAGGAGGCCAGGGAGCUGGACUCAUCUGGUAGGGAUAGUAGUUCAGCUACUGACCUCCAGCCAGACCAGAUUGAGACUGAAGAUACAGAAGAAGAACUAGUAGAUGGUUUGGAAGACUGUUGUAGCCAUGAUGAGAAUGAAGAGGAGGAGGGAGACUCAGAGUGCUCCUCAUUAAGUGCAGUCUCCCGCAGCGAAUCGGUGGCUGUGAUCUCUCGAAGCUGUAUGGAAAUUCUGACCAAACCCCUUUCCAAUCAUGAGAAAGUUGUCCGACCAGCCCUCGUCUACAGUCUCUUUCCCAACGUUCCCCCUACCAUCUAUUUUGGCACUCGGGAUGAGAGAGUGGAGAAACUUCCCUGGGAGCAGAGGAAGUUGCUCCGAUGGAAGAUGAGCACAGUGACCCCCAACAUUGUCAAGCAGACCAUUGGACGGUCCCACUUUAAAAUCAGCAAAAGAAACGAUGACUGGCUGGGCUGCUGGGGCCACCACAUGAAGUCUCCUAGUUUCCGAUCCAUUCGAGAGCAUCAGAAGCUAAACCAUUUCCCAGGCUCUUUCCAGAUUGGGAGAAAGGACCGGCUAUGGCGGAACCUGUCACGCAUGCAGAGCCGCUUUGGCAAAAAGGAGUUCAGUUUCUUCCCCCAGUCCUUCAUCCUGCCCCAGGAUGCCAAGCUCCUGCGCAAAGCGUGGGAGAGCAGCAGCCGCCAAAAGUGGAUUGUGAAGCCACCAGCAUCAGCCCGAGGCAUUGGCAUCCAGGUUAUUCACAAGUGGAGUCAGCUCCCCAAGCGAAGACCCCUCCUGGUACAGAGGUAUCUACACAAACCCUACCUCAUCAGCGGCAGCAAGUUUGACCUACGGAUCUAUGUUUACGUCACUUCCUAUGAUCCUCUGCGGAUUUACCUCUUUUCAGAUGGACUGGUCCGCUUUGCCAGUUGCAAGUAUUCCCCUUCCAUGAAGAGUCUUGGCAAUAAGUUCAUGCACCUGACCAACUACAGUGUCAAUAAAAAGAAUGCCGAGUACCAGGCCAAUGCAGAUGAAAUGGCUUGCCAGGGCCACAAAUGGGCACUGAAGGCUUUGUGGAACUACCUGAGCCAGAAGGGAGUCAAUAGCGAUGCCAUCUGGGAGAAGAUAAAAGAUGUUGUUGUCAAAACCAUCAUCUCGUCAGAGCCCUACGUGACCAGCCUGCUCAAGAUGUAUGUGCGGCGGCCCUAUAGCUGUCACGAACUAUUUGGUUUUGACAUCAUGCUAGACGAAAACCUCAAGCCCUGGGUCCUGGAAGUCAACAUUUCCCCAAGUCUCCACUCCAGCUCUCCACUGGACAUCAGCAUCAAAGGCCAGAUGAUUCGUGACCUUCUGAACCUGGCCGGUUUUGUCCUGCCCAAUGCAGAGGAUGUCAUUUCUAGCCCCAGCAGCUGCAGCAGCUCCACCACCAGCCUCUGCUGUAGCCUGCCCACCUCCCCCGGGGACAAAUGUCGAAUGGCUCCAGAGCAUUUCACUGCACAGAAGAUGAAGAAAGCCUAUUUUCUGACCCAGAAAAUUCCUGAUCAGGACUUCUAUGCAUCUGUGCUGGAUGUCCUGACACCAGAUGAUGUUCGGAUUCUGGUUGAGAUGGAAGAUGAGUUUUCUCGCCGUGGUCAGUUUGAACGAAUUUUUCCUUCUCAUGUCUCCUCUCGUUAUCUCCGCUUUUUUGAGCAGCCACGAUAUUUCAACAUUCUCACCACCCAAUGGGAACAGAAAUACCAUGGCAACAAGCUCAAAGGAGUAGAUCUGCUCCGGAGUUGGUGCUACAAAGGGUUCCACAUGGGAGUUGUCUCUGAUUCUGCUCCAGUGUGGUCUCUCCCGACAUCACUUCCAAGUGUCUCAAAGGAUGACGUGAUACUCAAUGCCUUCAGCAAAUCAGAGACUAGCAAGCUGGGAAAACACAGCUCCUGCAAAGGAAGUCUGCUACUCACUGAAGAUGGGACCACACCCAAGUCCAAGAAGACCCAAGCUGGCCUUUCCCUUUAUCCCCAGAAACCAAGUUCCUCAAAGGACAGUGAGGACACCAGCAAAGAGCCCAGCCUUUCCACCCAGGCGUUACCUGUGAUCAACUACUCUGGGCGGACUUCAAGACUUGCUGCUUCUUCCACUUUCCAGUCAGGCAGUGACUCCCUCCUGGCUGUGAGCCCAUAAUUGGCCUCUCUCCACAAGCCUCUGCCCAGGAAUAUGGGCAUCAGCUACCUCACAGGAACCGGCCUGCUGACCAGCCUGAACCCCUUCCCGCUUCACCCUGUCCCUCUCAGAGUAUUUUUUGAAGUGAUUGCAUUAUAGAGAUGAGUAUGUGUAGGACCAGAGGGAUGGUGGUGAUGGGGAGAAGGUGAGGAAGGGCCACCCUCUGUCACCUGUCUGCCUGGCUGGCACCUCCUAUCUCAGCAGAGAAGCCAGUGAUGGCCACGCAGCCUUAUAAAGCAGGUUUUGGUUUCUACCUUAAGUGAGCCAUGUGGUUUGUUUGGGGCCUUGGUGCAGUUGCUGAGUUGUAGCUCAAGAGGAGAAAACAUAGAGAACAUGUAUGGGCCAGAAGUCCUUUGUUCUGAAUUGGAGGGGGCCUUCUGAGGCCCUCAUUUCCUUAGAUCUUCCCUCCCCCUCUCCCACCCCCUGUCCCGAGGAGAAAGCGUCGACCUUCCGCAGUGGACAGGCAAAGAGGCCGCAGCGUGCUGAACCCAUUUCCUGUCACCUCGGUCUUGGAUCCUAGCCACCCAAGACUAGGAUCUUGGCCUACAAAGGCCCAAGAUGCCUAUUCGAAGGCAUCUUCACCGCCUCCUUCCAAAUACUCACCUUGCCAGCAGCCCUAGGUCUUCCUGUUCUGACCCCCCAUCACUGCUCGUUCAGCCUUCUGACGUCUCUCGUGGACAGCUCCUCCUUAGCUGUGAUGUGUAAGAGGGUCUGUGACCUUUGUGAGUUUCCCAUGGCCCCAGUGAAGGAGCCCAGAUAAUCCCAGUAGCUGUUAUCUGUCUCCAUGUAUUAAAGGACAGUCCAGGGAGAGGGCGGAAGGGGAUGAGGUUUCUCUACAAUCCAACAAACGUGGUUUCUCAUGUUCUGCCCUACAGCAAGCAGGGUCUGGUGGCUUGGCAGGUGGGUUUCAGGAGCAGUCACUAUUGUGGGAUGGGCUUCCAAUGAGACUUCAGACUAAACUCUUGUACUCAACUGAUUCUACCUCCCUCCUGUAGACUCAGUAAACAGUGAAUAUUCAGUAAAUGUUGACUGAGUGAACUGUAUUUACAGAGAUCUCAAAGGACCCCCAGCACUUGAACCAGAAGUUCUACUUCUCUCUCAUCUGGGGAUGAGAAAGUGGAGCCUUGGGGCAGAACAGGUGGAAGAGUUUGAAUCAGAAAGGUUUUCUCUGGAGCUGUGCUCCUUCCUAACCCAGCACUUCCUGGUUGCUGCUUGCCUCCACCCCAGCCCCUGCAGUCCCUUUUCUUAGUUUUUUCCAGCAGUGGCACAUAUAAGAAGCCAAAUGGUCCCAUGUCCCUGCUACUCAGGUUUUCUUUUUGCAUAUCAGGCAGAAAGCUCAGCUACUUGGUCUCACCCUGUACCGGAGCUGCCCUUGUUCUCUCUGAGCUUUGGAAAGAUAGAGACUCCCGUGUUUCAUGGCUCUGGGAGCUCUGUGGCAAGUUGGGGUGGAGUCUUGGAAAGAUCACUGAGAGGCCUGACUGGGUUCAAGGCCACAGAGUAGGUGGUGUCUGGCCAGUCCUAAGGCCAUGUUGACAGUUGUGAAGAAAGUUUGGUGGCAAAGUCCUGGGCAUCAUUGUCUGCUCUAUAAUGACUUUAAAGUCGGGCCAUAAUGGGAGAGGUCCUUGAUAGUCGUCCUAUUGGAUCUUUUCUGAUGUAAUUGAAGCGGCCCAGCUCUUCAGUCCUCUGGCUGCAGUAUUCUAGUGCAGAUAUGACACAGGGCAUCUGCUGCCUUCCUAAGAGAAAAUGAGCCACCUGCCUGGCAGCUUUGUUGUGGCUGGGCCUUCUCCACAAGGACUUAGGCAUGGAGGCCUGUUUGAGCUGGUUUACUCCAUGAAAACCAACUUCUUUGGCUUGCCCUCUGAGAAUCUUGUACAACAUAGCCAAUCUAUUUCCAUUCCCGUAACUGGAGAGGGAACCAGUUGCUGAAUGAGGGUAUUGGGGAAAGUUUGGUGGGGGAAGGGAGAAGGACUUAGGAAAUGAAGUCCUUAUGAUCAAUGAAAGUCCUAAAUGUGCAAUGGAAAGACAGUGCUCUUAGUAGUUUAAAACAUGUUUGUACAUCAAUAAAUUGUCAUCACAUUUGA